ACAUGGCGGCCCAGUCUGUUGGAGAUCUUCAAGAGAUGGAAGUGGACCGGAGGGGUGAGUCUGAGGAGUCUGGUGAUGAUGAGACCAGGAGGAAGAGUAUCAAUGGCGACGUGGAUUCCAGUCAGCCUGCCACCACAGGUAAAGAAGAGUCUCCUGUUGACAUGGACACCAUAACCUUGGACCCAGAGGAAGAGGAUGUUGAUCUUGUUCAUUGUCGAAUCGGAAAGAUUGAAGGACUGGAGGUGCUACAGAAGGCUAAAACACUCUCCUUACGACAGAAUCUCAUCAAAAAGAUAGAAAACCUUGAUAGCUUGGGCGCACUGCGGGAACUAGAUCUCUAUGACAAUCAGAUCCGCAAACUGGAGAACCUGCAGCACCUCAAAGAGUUGGAGCAGCUCGAUGUGUCCUUCAACCUUUUAAGGAAAGUGGAGGGUUUAGAUCAACUGACUCAGCUGAAGAAACUUUUCUUGCUUCACAACAAAAUUAGCAACAUUGCCAACCUGGAACACCUCACAGUCUUGGAGAUGCUGGAGCUGGGCUCCAAUCGCAUCCGGGUCAUUGAGAACCUGGAGACACUCACAUCUUUGCAGAGUUUAUUCCUCGGCACCAAUAAAAUAACUAUGCUUCAGAACCUGGAGGGUUUACAUAAUCUGACUGUUUUAAGCAUUCAGAGUAAUCGGAUCACAAAAAUUGAGGGUCUGCAGAAUGUUGUGAACCUGAGAGAGCUCUAUCUGAGUCACAAUGGCAUUGAGGUCAUUGAAGGCUUGGAAAACAAUAAAAAGCUGACAACCUUGGACAUCGCAGCCAACCGAGUAAAGAAAAUUGAAAACAUCAGCCAUCUGACAGAGUUGCAGGAGUUCUGGAUGAACGAUAAUCAGAUAGAUAACUGGUCAGAUCUUGAUGAGUUGAAGAAUGCCAAGUCUCUGGAAACUGUCUACCUGGAAAGAAACCCACUACAGAAGGAUCCACAGUAUCGGCGAAAGAUCAUGCUGGCACUGCCCACUGUACGCCAAAUCGACGCCACCUUCAUCCGCUUCUAAACUGCAGUAUAGAUACAGUUCACCUGCCAACUUCACAGUGCUCCCCCCUUUGCCACCCUGCCUGUCCAACCUACAAAUACAGACUUCAUUUCGGAACAUAUUGACCUCACCGAAUCAUAUAACCACUCCAUAUACACAAAUAUACAUUCCAACAUUAAACCCACCCUCAACUCACUCAACAUACAUGUAUGCAUGUAUGCACUCACUCACAUUGAUCUAUGCUAUUGUGUGGAAGCUUAUUUAUUUAUUAAGCUGGAUAUGGACUGUGAAAAUGAUAUCAGUAACUACUCUCAUUUCCUCAUUUUUCCUCUGCACUUUUUCCCUUUAUUGUUUUGCAUGUUGGGUACAGUGGUGGACAUCUAUCUCUCAUACAGUACCCAUCAUUUUUUUUCUUUUUUGAGGAUGAAUAGUCAUCAUAUGAGAGGAAAGGGUGAGCUGUGAUGAGUUUAUUCCUUUGGCUAGGGCCUGAUUUCACAAGGUACACAAUGGGCAGUAUGCAUGUGAAUAAAAUUAAGAACAAUUAAAACUGAAUAUUAAAGGGAAAGUAUUGAAUAAAAUCUCAUUUACAAACUCAAAUCCUCAGAAUACUCUCCUCUAAUUUGGUUUAAUCCGCUUUAAAACUGUUCCGAACCAGUUACCAAACUUUACAUUUGCUGAAACAUCCUUAAUGAAGACGAAACCUUUGACACCAUGCAGGUUUAAAUCAAUUCAGUGGCACUUUUUAAGGAAGAUAUCAUUUACAGCAAAAACUGAUGAAUGCUUUUAAUAAACUGGUAUUACUGAUUAAGGGCACAUUUUGAUGUCCAGCAGCCUUGUCUAUUCCUCCUCCUUCUUCCAGACAUUUUACAGCUCAUAGUUUCAUUUUCAAGUUAACAAGAGUGACCUCUGCAGUAAAAUAAAACUCAUCAGAAUGUAAAAUCAAUUAAUGUGUCCACAAAGAUGGUUUUGUAAUCUGUGGUACAUAACCCCCCCCCCUUUUGUGUUUUUUACCUUGAAUACAUCACUAAUUCCAGCCUUGGUUUUCUUUUGACUUGCAGUAAUGUGUUCAUCAUUUUAUUUAAACAGAAAAAAGUUGUAGGCUUUUUUUUUAGUGAAUUGACUCAAUAAUAGCAGGACUGGUCUUACACAGAUAUUGUUAAUUAAUGUAAGAUAGAUAGCUUAUGCUUGUGCUAUUAGCACAGACAAUUUUAAGCGCAUUUUGAGAUUUAAAAAUGUCGUGUAUAGACAGCAGUGACACAUAAUGACACGUUCAUUCUUCUUAUUUGGCCUAAAAUAAGUAUUGAUGUGUAUUUAUAGGCUGUGUUUGCCAUCCAAUUUCUUAUAUCUAACACUAAGAUGACAUUUUGAACAAAAACUGAGUGACCUAUUCUUGUGGACUUCUGUAUAUAAUGCUUGAGUGCACUCAUUUACUCCCUGUUACAAUCAUUUAUAUGAAACCAAUCUCCCACCUCAGGGUUCAAAGGUCACUUGAUAAACUAGAAGCAUGCCAUUUCAGUGCAUUGCUGGGUGUAGAAGGUGCUUAACUAAGUGCUUUCUGUGCAAUAUAUACUGACCAUUAUCAUCCAAUACCUGUCAUUUGGAUUUAUAUUGAACCUUCAAAUUUGUUAAAUUGGCCUAUUGAUAUUUAAUCUACCUUUGUAGACAAGAAAAAAAACAGCAUAACACAAAUGUUUUGUAUUUUAGUACAAGUUUCUUUAGCUGAGAAUUCACUUUUUUUCAUAGGAUAUAAAACUGAUUUUAAAUCAAAUUGUUGAUGGUUACUGGUCUUGGCAGUAACUCAAAUGCAGCCCAUAUUAGAAUAUUAGCAAAACCGAAGGCCUUUCUGAAUUAUUGACAUGAUUGUGAUGUUAUUUUAUACUCGGCUGUAACUUAAGUUACCUUUAAAUUGGCCAGUUGGAUUGGAUGUGUCACUCUGUGUAUUUUUAAAUAUAGUUUGAUGAUGUAGAAAGUCCGUGCCAUCAUCACCAUCCCUAUGUAAAGUGAAAUCAAUCAUUUUUUUCUUGUUUUGUUUGUGCCAGGCAGCACUACACAGAUGUGUGAGACAACGUAUUUAAGAUAAAUUGACCUUCAACAAUUAUUCUAAUUGCUAGCUAAUUGUUGUUAGGUUUGUUCAAGUUUUGAACUUGGUUGAAGCUGUUUUGAAACUGAAUGUAUUAUGCAAAUAACAAUAAAAUUACACUAC